CGUGACGUGAGCGAUCCUCCUGUUUGUUUGUGUAGCUCGAGGAUGAAAAUGGCGGUGGGGAGAGAUCAACGCGAGAAUUAAACACACAAAUUACCAUUUGCCUUGGAUGACAGCAGCACUGCAGCUCCGGGAGAGAAUAAAGAAAUAGCUUAUCGUCAACACAAUGCACGUACGACAACAAACACCCGGAGUUUAACGGAGAAAAACUGCGUCCUGGAUUCAAAAUAGCUCCUGAAAUUAGCCCGCUAACGUCGUUAGCUUAGCUAGCCUUCAACUGGAAGGUUUAACGGACACUAUAGCACCACACUAACGGAAUUCUUCUGUCAGAAUAAGAUGAACUGCGCUAUUCUCCAAUUACCUCUCAAAUGCAAGCUCAGUCGUAGGCGCUGGGCUUGUAGAAAUAUUUGCAUCGGACUGAAUGCAUAACUAAUCGCUCCGUCUGGCUGUAUUAGCAACAACAAACACCAUCCUCCAAGACUUCUCAAAGUUCAGCGAGCAUCUGUAACUUAAGAGGAGAACGGGGUAAACAGGUUGCAUCGAGUGUCCAUUUCCUCCUGCCUCCCCUAGUGGGAUGGUUCUGCACGACAGGGAGGGUAUGGUUCUGUAACCCCCUCUCUGUUCUCCAGUUCCCAUCCCAUAAACCCAGUGGACCACAGCCAUAGUGUUCCCUUCAAUGAACAUCCCUCUGGAGCCCUAGAUCAAGAUACAUUGGGUGUCCAUUCUCUGCUGCCUCCCCCCGGUGGGAUGGUUCUGCAUGACAGGGAGGGUGUGGCGCCGUAGCCCCCUCUCCUUGAGAUCUCUCUCACCCCAUAAACCCAGUGGACCACAGCCAUAGUGUUCCCCUCAAUGAGCAUCCCUCUGGAGCCUUAGAUCACGUGUGCAUAUGCUGAAAAUGAGUGCUGCAGGGGAGAAUGCCCUUGACCCCAACACCCCAGAGUCACGGAAGAGAAAGGGCUCUCCAUGUGAUACCUCUGGUCCCAGUGUGGAGAAGCGACGGCGUGAGCUGGAAUGCCGCUACAUUGACGAACUGGCUGAGUUACUUUCGGCCAACAUGAGCGACAUUGCCAGCUUGAACGUGAAGCCGGACAAAUGCCACAUCUUAAAGAGCACCGUGGACCAGAUCCAGCAGAUCAAACGGCGCGAGCAGGAAAAAGCAGCUCUGAUGUCUCCAGAUGAUGAGGUGCAAAAGAGUGACAUAUCGUCCAGCAGUCAGGGCAUGGUGGAGAAGGAAGCCCUUGGGCCACUUCUCUUGGAGGCCCUGGAUGGCUUCUUUUUCGUCGUGAACCGCGAGGGGCGCAUUGUGUUUGUGUCUGAGAACGUCAACGGUUAUCUGGGUUAUACCCAGGAAGAGCUGAGGACCUCCAGCGUCUACAGCAUUCUUCAUGUGGGUGAUCACAACGAGUUUGUGCGCAACCUGCUACCAAAGAGCCUUGUAAACGGUGUGCCAUGGCCUCAGGAGCAAAGCCGAGGGAACAGCCACACGUUUAACUGCAGGUUGCUGAAAAGGCCUCCAGACGAGGUGGACGCAGAGAACCAGGAGGCCCGUCAGCAGUAUGAGCUCAUGCAGUGCUUCACAGUCUCUCAGCCCAGGACGGUGCAGGAGGAGGGCGAGGACCUGCAGAGCUGUUUAAUCUGUAUAGCAUGCCGAAUGCCCCGUCCACCUCAGAUCCCUGUUAGUACAGAGUCCUUCAUCACCAAGCAGGACCCUACAGGGAAAAUCAUCUCUAUUGAGACGAGUGCUCUGAGGGCCACAGGCCGACCAGGUUGGGAGGACCUGGUCAGGAAGUGCAUCUAUGCAUUCUUCCAGCCUCAGGGCAAUGAGCCCUCCCAUGCCAAGAAGCUGCUUCACGAGGUGAUGACCCACGGCACGGCCAUCAGUCCUCUGUACCAUUUCACACUCAGUGAUGGGACGUCCCUCAGUGCGCAGACGCGCUGCAAAUUCUGCUGCCCCCCAAACCCAGACGUACAGCCCUUCAUCAUGGGCAUUCACACUAUAGACAGGGAACACAACACUGCUAGCUCUCAGGAAAACACUACCCCCAGCCUUCCGUCUCCUGCUGCCCCACCUUCCCGCUCACCUGCCCUGCAGCCCUCCAGUGACCUCAGCCUCCAUCUCAACAACAGCAAUGGCACCUGUGCCACUCCUGGACCCCCCACACCCACUCCACCAGGCUACCUGACGCCCAGCCGCGUUGGGCCCUCCCAGCAGGUCAGAAGCCCCUCUCCACUUGGCAGCCCUCUCACAGCCACCCCUACCUCAUUCAUGUCGCCCCGACCUCCACGGGGCAGCCCGGGCCUGGCCAGCAGCCCACGUGUGCCCGGCUAUCCUUUUUCCCCCACGGCGCCCGGCAUCCACUCGCCCGCUGGCGGACUGACCAGGCAGCAGUCUUGCGGCGACAGUGUCAGUUUCUCUCUCCCCUCUCCCUUACCCCCCAGACAGACUCCGACCCCCAGCAGCUCCCCAGCACGUCAGCCUCCGGCCAAACCGCCGGAAGCGUCCGCUGAUGAGCCUAAGGUCGCUGCGGUGGGCAACCCCAAACUUAACCAGCUCUUGGACAGUGCCCCCGAACUCGACUCCCAACCCCGUCCCGCGACCAUGGCCCAGUGUCCGGCUUCUCACAGCAGUCUGACUGAGCGACAUAAGAUUCUGCACCGCCUGCUCCAGGACACUAGUCCUGCAGAUGCGGGCAAGGAGCCUGACAUCAAGAAGGAGCCUCCGACCAGUCCUAAUGCAGCCUUGGUAGCACGGGGACAUGGGAAGGAGCCCCAGGACCACCAGCUGCUACGCUUCCUGUUGGAUACGGAUGAAAAGGACCUGGAAGACUUGCCUCCUCCGGCUGCCCUCAGCCUCCGUACAGUCAAGGUGAAGGCAGAGAAGAAAGGGAGCAGAGAGAAUGUGCCCUGUGCUGCUGCUGCCCCCACCACCACCACCGUUUCUACAGUCCCUUGCUCGCCUCAAUCCAGUGACAAGCCCAGCCCGCAGUUUCCCAGUACCGAUCUGGAAACUUUGAACCAGCUCUUGCCCACUUUGAGAAGCUCUGUGGGGGGUAAAGCAGUAGAGGAGCCAGUGCUUGUCCAGCCCAUUGAGGACAUCCUUUCCAUCGAGUUGAAUGUGAAGAGAGAGUCACCAGGAACAUCAAGCCAAGCAUUCCCUGAUGGAUCAAACCUCUCAAAUCAGUCCUCUUUUGAGUUCUGUGACCCCUCCACACCAAACCAGGGUCAGGUCCAGGUGCCGGAUCUUGGACAGACAGACCCGUUUCAGCCACCCAAGGAGAGCAGCAGCCCCUUUGCCAAUCCAACCAGCCUCAACUCUUUCAACACCAACACAGCACUGGCCAAACUGGAGCUUCCUGAGUCUCAGCAGUUCCAGCCCUUGUCCCUGGUUGAACCAAUGGCUUUUGAUAGCAGCUUGGGUAACCAGACACAGGCCCCUCUGUCCUCUCCUCAAGAUAGGCAGUGUGUUCCGUGUCCGCUGGAUAAGAUGUUGUGUCCGCCCACCACACCCGAGGGCUGUAACGACGAGAAGGUCCUGCUGGAGCAGCUGGUCACUUUCUUGAGCCGCACCGACGAGAGUGAGUUGGUCGAGCUGGACAGAGCGUUGGGCAUCGACAAGAUUGUUCAGAGUGGAUGCCUCGAACCUGUCACCCAGAACUUUCCUCAGUCUCAACCUCCAACACCUGUACCCAUGGACCCCAAGCUGCCCAGUUACCCCUCUCAGUUCCCCACCUCACCCUCACAAUUUCCUGCUGAGAUGGGCACAACACAGGGCAUGAGUUUCGGGGCCCCAAGGAUGGCGUUUCCAGGCAACGCGGGCAUGGCGGUCCGGCCCGGGAUUAAUCGAGCUCCUGGUGUGCCCAACCAGCUGCGACUACCUCCCAACCAGCUGAGACUCCAGCUCCAACAACGUUUGCAAGGCCCGCAGCAGCUACAGAACAGGCUUGCGGCCAUGGGCCAGUUCCCACAAGGGGGGCAUGUUGCCAUGGGGAUGCGUCAGGGCAUGCAGCAGCCUCAGAUGCCCUCUCAGCCUCCACUCAAUGCUCAGAUGAUGGCCCAGCGGCAACGAGAGCUUUAUAGUUUCCAGCACCGCCAGCGGCAGCUUCUGCAGCAGAAGGUCAUGCUGAUGAGGCAGGGGAUGAACACAGGACCGUUGGGGGUUCAGCGAGUUCCUAAGGGCCCCCAGCAGCAACAGCCACCACCACAGCAGCAGCAGUUCGGCUUUACUCCAGGCUACAACGUCGUGCCUGGAAACACCCCUACCUCUCCAAGCCAUUUUAACCCCAUGGUAGGACCUCUGGACCCCAAGCUGCCUGCCAGGGGGGGCAUGGGAAACCAAGGCAUUAUGGGAGGCAUUCAAGGGCAGUUUGGGGGGCCAGUGAACACUCCUGUUCAGCAGGGGCUUUUCCAGCAAUUUGGGGGGUCUGGCAUGAUCCAGCAAGCAGAUCCAUCCUUCGCUCCUGAGCUUAGUCCGACCAGCCCCCUACUUUCACCGCAGAACUCCACCUCCCAGAAUCCUCUGCUCCAGCAAGCGCAGCCUCCACCUGGUUAUCCAUCACCUGACAUAAAGAACUGGCAGCAAGGGGCCAUGGGCAACAACAGUUUGUAUAACCAGGCAGGCCAGCCUGUCUCUCAGAGCUUUGGGCAACAAGGCGUGUAUAACAACAUGAGCAUCACCGUGUCAAUGGCUGGAGGGUCAGGAGCGGUGAGCACUCUACCUCCUAUUGGACCAUCUGUCGGCAUGGGCAACAAUAACCUUGGCAACGUCACUUCAAUGUGUAACGAUCAGGUACAGCAGGUUCAGGUGUUCGCUGAUGUCCAGUGCACGGUAAACCUGGUGGGCAGUGACUCCUACCUUAACCAGUCGGGGACCAUCGGGUCCCAGAAGGGCCCGAGCGGGAACCCCACAGCCCAGUCUCAACAGAAGAGCCUCCUCCAGCAGCUCCUGACCGAGUGAGGCGCCCACCGUCUGCCAGAGGACUGUCUCCACAUGUAGAGAUUUUUAUUCUUCACCUUUGUUUUCUAUACAGUAUAUUUGCAGGGUCGGUGUCUGGACCCAGGCUUGUGAGGUUUCAUAGCCGUUCGACAGUGCUCAUUCCUGGUCACCUUUUUAAAUGUCUGUUUCCGGAAAGGAGAAAAGAUCACGUUCCAGAAUUUGCCAAGUCUGUAAAAAAAAAAUUAAAAUAAAAUGGACCUGCUGCUUCAGCCGUCUACACGUCCUGUCAGUCAGGCCAACGUUGCAGUGCUUCUUGGAGAGCAGCGCAGCAGCUGAGCUCGGAUUGGUCGGAUUAGAAACUGGGACAGGCUAUGUUGCUAUGUUCAUGGUAUAUUGCUCAGUUUCAGCUGGAUCUGUGACUGAUAGGCUCUCCUCAGCAGUGCCUGAUGAUGGGAGGAAUUUCCCACCUCUUUUUAUUGUUAGUCUGUUCUGUUUGUUGUCUUUUUUUUUUCUGUUUCGGGUUCGUUUGUUUUUCUCUGUUGUCGUUUUCAGAACAAGCAUCGCCAGGAUGGGAGACAGCUCUGAAGUGCGUAUCCGUCUGCUGCAGGCUUUCCUGGCAACACUGUUUUGAAACAGCAGACGUUUUUUAACAAUGUCCUACACAUUUCCCCCCCACAGCAGCUGUGAAUACGAGCCACUUAGGGUCAACUCAGCCUAUCAGUGUUGUUUGUGGCGACGUGCUGUGCAGGUUGGUAUUAUUGUACAGCAAAAACUGACAAAAUUGGGCCAAGCUCACACUUUGUAAUUUCCUUUAAAACCAAAACAUCAUCAAAUUACAGGCAACUCUUGUUUCGAACGCAUCAACUUAACACCAGUUCCUUUUUAACGGCUUUGAGAAUCUAUAAUGUCACAAUUU